AUGGGUUCCCCACCGAAGCCAGUCGAGGCGGCCCUGAACAGUGUCGGUUCGUCUUUACCGGUACCAGCGGCCAGUCUGGCUGAGCCCUUUGGUGACUUACAAACCACUGGCAUCUACUUCGUGCCGCACCGCAGCCAUGCACCUUCUUCUGAAUGCGACACGCUCGGGCCUUCAGACUCGGGCUAUGGCUCCGCGAGUAGGACAGGACCCAGCGUGGCCAACGGAUCGGUCUACGGCGACUGUGAUCGCUCCGGCGAGACUGCGAGCGUUGCGAGCCAUUCGAUGAGCCUUCCCUACGCUUCAUCCAUGCUAUCCUCCGGAAAUUGGAGGUCUUCAGAUUCUGCCCUCGAGGGCGAUUUCGGCAUCAAUGAGAAUGGUAACGAACUUGUCUGCCACGUCUGCAAAGCCCAGGUGAAGAACAAGUCCGAGUUGAAGGCUAAGCACGAGAAACCCCAUCGAUGUAAAGUCCCCGGCUGUCAGCGCAUUGAGGGCUUCAGCACCACGAACGAUGUCGAACGGCACAUGAGAAGCCGCCACCCUGGCUCCAGCUCCAACGGUAAAUACUACAAGUGUGGUGUUCCGGACUGUCGCACGAAAGGAAAGGUCUGGCCUCGCGCGGACAAUUUCAGGCAACAUCUGAAGAGGAUCCAUAAAAUCUCAGCUGAGGAGCAUCACAUGGAAAAAUAUGUCUUCAAACCACCGCCGCCGGCACCAUCCAUCGUCCCUGAUUAUGCUCUUGCCGGCCUAGGAUCACUUGUCGGGGACACUUUCAAGUCCCUCGGGCCCAGCCGUAACAGCGGAAUUCUGGGACCCAGUGACGACUGGGCUUUGUUCCUGCAAUCAGUCUCGACGGAGGGACAGAGGGACCCCUCUACCGCUAGUCACCACAUUCACCAGCAUAUAUUCCAAGGUGCCGUGGUACCGGAGCAGCAGCUUAUGAUUACAGCCACCACCGCCCGAACCCGAGACCCAAGUACGGUGAUGCAGAUACAGCCGGUAGACUUCGACGUGAAUACGGUCUUGUCUCAUCUAGGGGCACGCUCUUUGGACCUUGAAGAAGGGCCGAGCCUCGCCAACGCUGUCGCGGGUCGCGACACAGAUUUCCGUCCAAUUUCAUUUGUCAGGUCAUCAGGACUGGACCACAAGUCUGUGGGGGAAGGGGAGCAGUCCCACACACAAGACAUAGCAGUCCUGACACCCUCAGAUGCAUCAUGCGAAUUGCCAAUAGGCCUCACACCACGUCAUCGGAGCAUAAUUGGGUCAACCACCGAUACGAAGCCCAGUGAUGUACAAGACGAUUUUAUUGACGCGAGGAAUCAUGAGUUGUCUCCAUUACCAACGCCUCACAUUCCGAGCCCGCCAGGUGGCACCGAAACCGCACGGGUCUCUCGGGAUGUGGCCGCAAGCCAGCCUGGGCAGUCUAGGGCCACUGGGGCGUCUCUUGGCGACCAAAGCACCGAUGUGAAGAACAAAGCCACCGAUCUCCUCACGGCCCUCGAGGACAAGGGGACGCUCGCAGAAUUUCUGGGGAGGUUGGACAAGACAACUCUUGCAGAGGCAUUGGGAAAAUUGGGCUAUGAGAAGCAGAGCUCAGCCGAGGCCAAAGGAGAGGUCAAGGCGGAGACCAAUACCAAUACGAGUACCAGCGUGUGUGCCGAUGUUGUGAAAAACCCCUUCGUCUGCUCCGAAGACGAUUGCAACAAGUCCUUUAAAAGAGAGUGUGAGCUAAGAAAGCAUUUGAAGCGUCAUGUCAAGCCGUACAGCUGCACGUUUCCCGACUGCCACAAGAACUUCGGGAGCAAGAACGACUGGAAGCGUCAUGAGAAUAGUCAGCACUACCAGCUCGAGCUGUGGCAAUGCAACGUAGGGACCUCGGUCGACGCAGAUGUGACGUGUGGGAGGACUUAUAAUCGCCGGGAGCAAUUCAAGACUCAUUUGGCCAAAGACCACGGCAUCACCGAUCCUUCUGACAUCGAAUCUAGAUUACAGAGCUGCCUCGACGGUCGCAAUUAUGAGGUCAGUUUCUGGUGCGGGUUCUGCAGGCAGAUGGUCAGAGUCAAGGAGAAAGGCCUGAAGGCCUGGGUUAGCCGGUUCAAUCACAUUGAACAACACUAUGCCGAUGAGCUGGACAUCUCCCAGUGGAAGAGUGUGGAAACAGGGAUGGAAGUAAAGGUCGUGCUAAAGGAAGUCGACCCAGCAGUCCCAUCGCUAAAAAGACAUGUUGAUGAAGAUACGAAGCAAUCAAGGCCGCAGAAGAAAGCCCGCAUCGCGGUGUGGUAUUGCCUAAUGAUUCAACUCAGUGCGGUUGCCGGGAGCAGUGCCUCACUAAUUUCAGCUCUACAUGUCUCACACCCAGUUGUGGCGGCCAUGAACAAUAUCCGGAGGCCUGAAAAUUCUCCUCGUUGA